AUGUCAAGAGAGAACAUCAAGCCCUCUUCAUCAACACCUCUUCACCUCAGGAACUUCAAGUUUUCCUUGUUAGAUCAGAUGCAUCCACCCUUAUUUCAUCCCAUCGUUAUCUAUUUUCUUCCAGAGGCUUCAGAUUUCAAUGAUGCCAGUAGACUCCUUUCUUCAAGAACUCAAAUUCUGAAGAAAUCUCUUUCUUUGAUUUUAACUGGAUUUUACCCAUUUGCUGGAAUCAUCAGAGACAGUUUCUCCAUCGAUUGCAAUGACGGAGGAGUCCCUUUUGUUGUGGCCAAAGUUAAAAGUCAAUUAUCAGAUUUUCUCAAAAACCCCGAUCUGCAUAUGGUUCAACACUUCCUUCCCAGCGAGUUGAGUUGGAGUUCUCCGGGGAGUAAUGUUUUAAAGAUACAAGUGAACCAGUUUGAUUGUGGUGGAAUGGUCAUUGCUGUAAUUGUUUCACAUGCAGUAGGAGAUGCAGUAACUUUAUGCACAUUUCUUAAAUCUUGGGCUUCUACUGCUCGUAAAUCUAACGAAGAAGUAUCUCCCAAUUACAUUGGACAGUCUCUCUUUCCGCAAAAUGAUAAAGUUUCAGUAGAUUCAUCUAUAUUUUCUGAUUUAAUGCGAUUUUUGAUCCCUGGGAAUUACAUACUAAGAAGAUAUGUUUUUGAUUUAUUGGCCAUAUCCACACUUAAGGCGAAAUCAGGUGUUGAAAAUCCCACACGCGUUGAAGUUGUAACAGCAUUCAUCUGGAGAUGUUUCAUGGCUGCUUGUGCAGCUGCUAAAUCUGGUUCAAAUAAUCAGCCCUCUCUAAUGAUUCAUUCAGUGAACCUGAGAAGUAGAGCAAUGCCACCCUUCGCAGAAAACUCUUUUGGUAAUUUCGUAUGGUUUCCAGCAGCAGUGCAAAGCAUGAACGAAACUGAGGCGGAUUUAGCGAGCAAAGUGAGGGAAUCAAUACGCCAAAUUGAUGGAAAUUUCGUCAGAAGAAUGGAAGGUGAUGAAGGGUGGAUUGGCUACUACAAAAAUCUUGAAGAGACUAAAGCAGUAAUUCCUGAAGAGGGUAUUUGUUUGUUUUUCAGCAGUUGGUGCAGAUUUGGAGUAUACGAUAUUGACUUUGGUUGGGGGAAGCCUAUUUGGGCAGCAAAUUCUGUGUGGCCUGAUUCUUUCUCCCCAAAGAUCAACCAGGUCACGUUACUUGACACAAAAUUUGGUGAUGGAAUAGAAGCAUGGGUGACUAUAGGGGAACAAUUUGCUGCAGCCUUCCAGGAAAAUGAGGAGCUUAGGACAUUAACUUCCCUCAAUCAAAGUCCACUGGAGAUCGAAAGCAGGGAUUAG